GAUCAAUGCCGGAAUGCUUUGAUUCAGUCCUGAGGACAUUUAUCAAGAACUCAAAACAGUCAGAAAUUUUUUUUUGUUUGAAAUUUUUGCCAAACUGCCUGUGACAAAUUCACCGCCAACAAAGCAAAUGUUGCAUGGGAGGACCAU